UGGGCGGCGGUCACCGGGGCGGUCACCUCUGCUGCGCGUGCUUUCCCGAAAACCUGCCGUCCCUCCCCGGGCCCAGCACAUCAGGGCUCUCAGGCCCGGUUCCAUCUGCCCGCCCCACCUCCACCACAGGUCUCACCUCCCAUCCCCUCGUAGCUCCAAGUCUCCCACCAUAGACUGCGGCCCGCGCAAAGCGGAGCCCCACUUUCUCACGCCCCAGGUGUGCACCUGUCUGGAGAGCGCGGGGUACAGCGAGUGUCUGCUGGUGGGGUUGGUGGGUCCCUCCCGCUGGGGGGCCGUUGCUGACUUUACCGGCCUCUCCCUCUCCCGGUGCCGGGUCUGCGACCCCUGCUGUCCCUCCUCCGCGCCCCCACCCCGCCAGCCUCUCGUCCCCAGCCCCGCCUGGAUGGUGCGGCAAACCUUGACCAUGGAUUCUGAGCCUUCUUGGGCUGCCAUGCCUACCCCACAAGGCACCCUCUCUGCCCUCAAUGCCACCACGCCCUGGCUUGGCCGGGAUGAAGAGCUGGCCAAGGUGGAAAUUGGCAUCCUGGCCAUUGUCCUGGUGCUGGCCUCAGGUGGCAACUUGGCCGUGCUGCUGAUCCUGGGCCUGCUGGGCCAAAAGCGCUCCCGCAUGCACCUGUUCAUGCUGCACCUGGCACUGACCGACCUGGGUGUGGCACUCUUCCAGGUGUUACCCCAGCUGCUCUGGGACAUCACCUACCGGUUCCAGGGCCCCGACCUCCUCUGCCGAGCCAUCAAAUACCUGCAAGUGCUCAGCAUGUUUGCCUCCACCUACAUGCUGCUGGCCAUGACCUUGGACCGAUACCUGGCCGUCUGUCACCCCCUGCGCAGCCUCCAGCAGCCCAGCCAGUCUACCUACCCGCUCAUUGCUGCUCCUUGGCUGCUGGCUGCCAUCCUCAGCCUCCCUCAGGUCUUCAUUUUUUCCUUGCGGGAGGUGAUCCAGGGCUCGGGGGUGCUGGACUGCUGGGCUGACUUCCGCUUCCCCUGGGGACCACGGGCCUACAUCACCUGGACUACUAUGGCCAUCUUUGUCCUGCCUGUGGCCGUGCUCACAGCCUGCUAUAGCCUUAUCUGCCAUGAAAUCUGUAAGAACCUAAAAGUCAAGACAAAGGCCAGGAGGGUGGAGAGAAGUAGCUGGAGGACUUGGGACAAGCCCUUACCCUCUGCCCCAGCUGCAGCCACUCAGGGGCUGCCAUCCCGGGUCAGCAGCAUCAGCACCAUCUCUCGGGCCAAGAUCCGUACAGUGAAGAUGACCUUCGUCAUUGUGCUGGCCUACAUUGCUUGCUGGGCACCCUUCUUCAGUGUCCAGAUGUGGUCUGUGUGGGACAAGAAUGCCCCAGAUGAAGAUUCCACCAACAUGGCUUUCACCAUUUCCAUGCUUCUGGGAAACCUCAGCAGCUGCUGCAACCCCUGGAUCUACAUGGGUUUCAACAGCCACCUGCUGCCGCGGUCCCUGCGCCACCUGGCCUGCUGCAGAGGGGCCCGGCCCCAGGUGCACAGACAGCUCUCCAAUGGCAGCCUGUCCAGCCGCCACACCACACUGCUGACUCGCUCCAGCUGCCCGCCCAGCCUCAGCCUCGGCCCAGGCAGGAGACCAGGGCCUGAGGGGUUUCUGAAGGACCUAGAGCAGGAAGAUGGUGAAGCCACUACUGAGACCAGCACCCUUUAGAGAAGACUCCCUGGAGUCUGGGUCUGCCCCAGGGUGAGAGAAAGUCUCUGCCCAUCCUGGGAACAAGUGUGAGGGCUGGAAGGUCAGUGCUGGCCUCAAGGGAGCCUAGUUUGAGACGGGGGACGGGACACAAUGGCUGUCCCUACUUUUGGUGCCACAACUGCUCCUAGUGUGAAGACUGAGAGCCGCCUCCCUGGUCCUGCUAUAUUCACAGGGUGCCUGAGAACACACCCCCUGGUAGAUAUGGUCCCCACAUUGGGGGCAGGCUUGGGAUGGCACUUGGGUUGCCCCAAAUCAGGUGUCAGGCUACUUGUCCCCGUUCUAAACUGACCAGCGCAUGCCAGCCCAAUCAGGAGAGGGGAGAAAUUAAAGGCUGAGGAGCCCCUAGAUGGGGGUAGUAGUGAUGGGGCUCAAAUCCAACGCCUCUGCCCUGAGCUACAUUCCUAGUCCUUUUUUUUUUGGAAACAGAGGCUCAUUAAGUUGCUAAGUUUCCUAGACUGUGUUCAAACC